AUGUCGGCUCCUCAGGAUUCCAUUCCCGGCAACGGCAGCGACAUCCUUGAUCAGAUGGAUCAACUCAGAAUGGAUGACCGCCUUGGACCUGACGGCGAACCUGCCCCUAAGACGGAGGAGGAGUAUGCUCAGGCUCAGCUCACCCUUCGUGCGAUCGUCUCUUCCAAAGAAGCCGGUGUCAUCAUUGGCAAGGGCGGCAAGAAUGUCGCCGACCUUAGAGAUGAGACUGGCGUCAAGGCUGGUGUCAGCAAAGUCGUGCAAGGUGUUCAUGACCGUGUUCUGACCAUCACUGGUGGUUGCGACGCUAUCUCUCGCGCCUAUGCCACUGUCGCUCGCGCUCUGCUGGAAGGUGCACCUGCUAUGGGCAUGGGAGGCGUUGUACAGAGCAAUGGAACUCACCCCAUCAAGCUUCUCAUCUCCCACAACCAGAUGGGCACCAUCAUCGGAAGACAAGGUCUCAAGAUCAAGCACAUUCAAGACGCUUCAGGAGUCCGUAUGGUCGCCCAGAAGGAGAUGCUCCCUCAGUCUACCGAGAGAAUAGUCGAGGUCCAGGGCACUCCUGAAGGCAUUCAGCGCGCUAUCUGGGAGAUCUGCAAGUGCCUGGUCGAUGACUGGCAGCGAGGCACCGGUACCGUUCUCUACAACCCUGUUGUUCGCACUCAACCUUCCACUGGUGGAAGCACUAGUGGUGGAACAGGAUUCAGCCAGGGCUCUGGCAGAAGUGAUUAUGGCGGCAGCCCUCGUGUCAUGCGAACAGGCAACGGCGCCGAUUUUAGCAAUGGUAGCUCAAGGCCUUACAACCGCCGCUCUGACUCCGACGCAGCUCUCCGAGGCCCCCCUACUCAUGACGAGAAUGGUGAGGAGAUUCAGACUCAGAACAUCAGCAUCCCCGCAGAUAUGGUUGGCUGCAUUAUUGGACGUGCGGGCAGCAAGAUCAGUGAGAUCCGAAAGACGUCAGGCGCACGCAUUUCCAUCGCCAAGGCACCUCACGAUGAGACCGGCGAGCGCAUGUUCACCAUUAUGGGUACUGCCAAGGCCAACGAGUCGGCCCUCUUCCUUCUGUAUGAAAAUCUAGAGGCGGAGAAGAUGCGCCGAAGCCAGCUUCAGGACGCCGAAUAG